CUAUAUAUAUGUGGAAUCCUCCAAGUCUCUGGAUUCCUGGUCCCUCUCGGCGCAGAAGCAGAGCGUAUCUAGAGAUAAUUGUGUUUGUUUUUAUGGAAGAUUUCUUAUUCAGAUGCCGUCGGGUUUUCCAUUAUUCUCGCCGUCGCUCUUCCUCGUCGUCGCCGUAUUUCGCCGAGAAACCUGAUCCUUCGAUCGCUCGCUCCAUUCGAUUCACGCUUUGGCUACCAGACGUCGGUUUUCAAUAGAAAGGGAGUUCUCUUGCUCGGUCGUUGACUUCACUUGAGGGAACGAAGGUCCAUCACUUUCUUGAUUUGUGUUUAAGGAGUCAUUUCCUUAUCGAGUUAAUACACGGAAAAGAGAUUAUAUGCCAGUCAUUUUCAUGGCAUAAAAUGAUCACUUCUACUGUUGCUUCAAGUACAAAAAUGUCAUGGAGGAGGACUAAAUCACCUGGUUGGGCUGCAUUUGACCUCAACCAGCACAAAAAAGGACUUGAACUUGAAGAUGAUGAUGAGCCUUACCCACUGCUAUCAAAUGCUAUCACCUCGUCGCCUUCCCAAAACUUUGUGCAGAAUAAUAAUCUCCCUUUGGGACCUUUCUCAUCAGUGCUCCUACCUACUCAGAAAUUCCCAAGUUUAACAGACGUGAAUGGUAAAAAACCACUAGAAGUUGGCAAAUCUAGUGCAACUGCAACUUAUAAAUUCACUAAUGAUGAGUAUACAAAAUUAGAAGAGCUUCACUGCUGGGCUGACAAAAGCUUGAUUCAGGAUAUUAUGGAGGCUGUGGAUAAUGAUGUUCAUAGGGCUUCAGCUUUAUUGAUGGCAAUGGUUUCCCCUAAGAGCUUGGAGCAUAAUGAGGAGAGUAAUAUUAGAGAAUCAAUAUCAAAUUCUGAGCAAUUGUGGAGGAACCCCAAAAAAUUGCAGGUGGAUAAAUGUGAUUCUUCUGGAGAGCAUACAAAUAUUGCGGAUGCGAGGUGUGUUAUUGAAUAUUCUCUCAAUUACAUGAAUGAACUGACCACUAGCCAAGCGUCUUGCGGAAAUCAAAAUUCCAGUGAUGGCAUGGAUAUACAGCUGACUUUGGGGCACAUGACAUCUAUACCUAUUGAGCCGGAGUGGGAAGAGGAUGAUGCCUAUUCAAUCCACAGGAAAGAGGCAAUAAGAAUGAUGAGGUCGGCAGCUCAGCACUCGAGGGCAGCUGCAGAUGCUUAUUUAAGAGGUGAUCACUUUACUGCAAAAGAGUACUCAACAAAGGGUAAGGAGGAAUGGCUGGCUGCUGAGAGGCUUAAUGCAAAGGCGGCAAAGGAAAUUUUCCGUAUCAGGAACAGCAACAAGGGUCUUUGGGAAAUGGAUUUACAUGGUCUUCAUUCAAGGGAAGCAGUACAAGCUUUACAGGAGCGAUUGCAGAAGAUUGAAUCCCUUCUUCCAUUGGAUCAAUCAGCAUCCCCACAUAUAAACAGCAAAGGGACAACCAUGGUGCGUUCCUGGAAGUCUUUAAGUUCUACAGAGCCAGAGGUGGAGAAGUUGCAUGAAUCACGUGCAUCAUCAUGGCAGAAAUCAACUUCAUUGAAUGUCAUAACAGGUCGAGGUAAUCAUAGCCAUGGCGAAGCUGUACUUCCGACGGCAAUUAGAAAUUUUCUGAGUGAGAAUGGGUAUCGUUUUGACGAGACAAGGCCUGGGCUAAUCACAGUACGACCCAAGUUUCAUUCCCUUGAGCGUUUGACAAACUACCGGUAACAAGUUUUUCAGUUCUUAGUUAUGCAGGAGGCAGUUCUUAUAAUUUGGCUGAAGCAGUAGUAGUGUGUUAUUAUCAACCAACAAUACAAUACAUGCAAUACCAAUUCAUUCUGCUCAGCGGCCACUGUGAGAGACAAAAAAGGGACUUGGCAGCAUGUCAUUUAAUUGCGUUGUGCAUAUACGGACUUAGAAAUGGAAGCCUUUCAAAACUUAUCCGUACGGCUAGGAUUGGAUUUGGGAAACAACUUUCAUGCUAGAUAAGUCAUCUGUAAGUAGUAUUUGAUGAUAAAAAUUUAGGGGUUUUUAAGUGCCUCUUUGGUAUUGGGAUUGUUGUGAAUGUUAAUGUUAUGUACUUGUUAGUGAGAAUCAAUUUCGUAAGAAGUGAUUGAACAUUUAAUAUUA